AGCAAUACAGGUGGGACAAUGAAGAGGAAUGCCCCCAGCAACAACUUAUCGAAAAUAACCAAAACAGUAAAAAAGGAGAUUAAAUUGACACCUCAGACAGAUUCCGAUGAUGAGGACGAUUAUUGUGAAGCAAAAGUUAGCACAGAGGAGGAGAUUCAAAAAUUACAAAAUCAAAUGGAUUUGGUUUUGAAGAAUCAAAUAAAAAUUAUAGCUAAAUUAAAAGAAUUGACGAAUGCGCCGGUAAUGAGUAAUACGAUAUCGCAAUUAUUUCCAAUAACUACAGUGGAACAAUUUGAAGAAGUCAAUGCCGAAAUGGCCGAUCCACAUAACAAAUAUGUCCCCAUAAUGCGAGAAAUAUUGAAACCUAACGGCCAGAUGCGUGUUGGCGGAAUGAGAAAACAUUUGCAUCGCAUAAUCCAUGCUGAUUUGAUUUUUGAAUAUAACUUUACUGGUGUUCAUAAUAAAAAAUCGUUCAGAGAUAACGAACAUUUUAAUCGAGCUUUAUAUGAAAUUAAUCGCCGCGAAGGCUAUACCGAAGCGGAAUAUGUUAAAGAAAUGCGAGAAGUUUUUCAAACAUACAAAAAUCGGAGACACAAAAGAGCCAGUGAUUUAAGGAAAAAAAAUCUUGAGGCUGCUCAAUUGGAACCUGAAGUCUUUUUCGAAGAAGUUAUCUGCCCAGAUAUUGAAUAAAAAGGCGACAAAUUUAUAUUAUAGUUAGUCAAAAAGUCACGUGUAUAUAUUUUCAUAUAGGAGACUUGAGAAACUAAUUACCUAUUAUUUUUAUUCCAUAGUUCAAUAAAGGUGUAUUUUUAUUACAA